GACGUAGCGUGCUGACGAUAGGGUGGUUUCUUUAUUAUAUUUCGGUAAAUGUUGCGAAUCAAAGUGUUUUGAAGCUGUUUUUUAUGUAAUUGACCAAGGAGAAACAGUGAAGCAUCAUCAAAAUUGUGCUACCUCAAUGUAAAAAACUGAAGUAUCGCCAAGGUUCAUAGGAAUAUGCUAGCAAUGGGGAGCCGCGCAGUGUUGGACAACAUUCGAUACUUCCUGCUGCACCUGCUGCCACGGGCCGAGGCCGGCGCGCCCUGGACAGAGCCGGACCUUGGUGCAGCGCUCCGAUGGGCUGACUACUGCGAGCAGGCCACAGCUGCUGCUGACGGCACACCCGCUGAGCCGGUGCUGCGCCGGUUUGUGACCACAGCGGCCGGCGGGGCCCGGUGUGACCUGAACGUGGCGCUGCUGCGGCGGUCGCGCCGCGAGCUGCUGUCUCGGCUGCUGCAGAACGGCCGUGCGGGGGACGCCGCGCUGCGCCGGGCGCUGGCCGAACUGCGGCGCGCUGGCCAGCUGGACUCUGUGCUCGCUGGGCAGGCGGCUCAGAAGCAGGCGUACUGCGCGCUGACAGCGGCGCUGCGGCGCGCCGGCGGCCGCCGCCGGAUGCAGGCGCUGGCGUUCCGGCGCUACCUGCUGGAGGGCGCGAUGGCUGGCCGGCCGGCCCACUGGCUGACUGAGAAGGCCACCGAACUGGUCACCGGUCCGGACGGGGCGCGGAUGGCGGCCCUGGCGCUGAAGGCUGCCCCCACUGACGGAGGAGCGGUGCUAGCCGCUGUAGACGGCGCGCUGGAGCGGCAGCUGGCGGCUGUGGAGGACGUCGGAUGGAUGGAGCGGCUGUCUGAGCCGGAGCUGCGGACUCUGCUGGCCCGGCCAGGGCUGGUGACGGCAGUGGAGGCUGCUUGUGACCGGCUGACCACCGCGGGAGAGGACGGAGAGUACAGCAGCGGUCCCCACACCGCGCUGCUAUCGAGGGCUGCCGAGUGUGACCCCUCCGGCCGUGUCAGACGGAAGCUGCGCGCCGUACUCCUCCAGAGAGGGGACGUUAACCGGUCCGACUGCGUGAGAAUCACCACCCAGCUGCCCCGGUUCCAACUGAAGGACCCCGUGGAUGAACUGGAGUCUGUGGAGGCACUGUGAUAGACUGUGUGAGAGACUUACACUGAUCGCGGGAGACUAGUCACGGUUUCUGACCAAAUCGCUGAUCAGUUCUGACUACCUGGACCGGAGGAGCCCAGCUGCUGUCACACCAAUGCCACCAGGACCAGGCAGGCGGGUCCGGCGAGCGCCGUCUCCCAGAGGAAGUGGAAGAUGCAGCCGUCACAGGUGCCGUCCG